AGCAGCCUGAAAAGGUUGCCUUCGUUUGCGUCGAUAACAUCGACACACUUUUCGACGGUGCUCUUUUCGUCGUUUUCUCUUACAGAGAGCUCCUCCCAUGGGGAGCCCUUUUCUUCUUCUUCUUCUUCCUCGUUUUCUUCUUCGUUUUCCUCUUCUUCCUCCUCGGUUUUUUCUUCUUCCUCCUCUUCUGUGUGCUGCUCUUCCUCCCCGUGUUCUUCUUCUUCGUCGCUCCACAUCUUCCCGACGGCAGUCACCUGGAAAAUGAUUUUUUUUAUAAGUAUGACAGGGAGGCGAAAUAGGAGCAGGGAACAUUCCAGCUACUAAAACUAUGGCGCCAGUGCUGGUCUAUAAGGUGAUAAGGCAUAUCCGUUUAAUACCUUUUUUUUUUUUUUUUCCUCUCCUUCCUUCCUGUUCUUUUUUCUUCUUUUCCCCUUCCACCUUUUUAGGUGUACUUCAUGGGAAUGAUGGCCUGCGUAGAGACCAGCAGAUUCCACAUCUGCUCGAACUGCGACCAUUCGAUGCGGCAAGUCCACACGGAUGUUUGAACCUCUUCCAGCAGUGUGCGCACUGGUGCGCUGUGCCUGAGCCUUUCCAAAAGGCCUAGCCUCAUUUCUGACCGCAUCAGAGUGGCCAGCGCUUUGGUCACCUCUUCGGUCAUGUUCGUUGGCUCCUGGAACGUGACGACCUUGUGCGUGCUCGUCGUGCUGGUGGUCGUUGGCCCUGGUUGUGCUGCUUUGCUUAGCGCCAGAGCGUUGGCCACCGGUUUCUUUGCUGACCACGACAGAGUGGAGAACCAAGACCUCCGCUCUUCUCCUGUGACCUCUUCUUCUUCGCUGUCGGAUCCUGCUCGGGACACUCUGCUUGGCUCUUCUUCGUCGAACAUCUCCGCGUCCUCUUCUCGCUGUUCCUCCGCGCCAUCUUCGGCCGCUUCGUUCCUUUUGCGUUUCUUCGCUCCUCCUGCCUCUGCUUCUUGCUUCUCUGCGUCCGGGUGCGCUCGUGCUUUCCUACGUACGGUUAGGACAAGGGCGGCGGGCUCUUGUCUGCUCUUCUUUGCUUGUUGUUCGGCCACCUCGACCCACGUCCCGUCCUGUGCCUCGUCUGUGGUGGGGCAUCUGCGGCGCAGCUGCUCGACCAACUUGCCAACCACUGCUCUCUGCCCGUCAGGUAGGAAACCGCCGUCGGCCCGCGUCACUACUACUUUUGUAGCCUUUACCUCGUCCGUGUAGGGGAUGCACGUGGCUCCCCCUUCUCCUUCUUUGGCUUCUUUUUUCUGCACAAGCAGAUACUUUUCGCGGUCAUCCUCGAAGACGUAGGCGUGCUCCUUUUCCGGUUCUGGUUUGCUGCCUUCGGGUUCGUCUUCCUGCUUGGUGCUGUUCGCUGGUGCCCGCUCUCGCUUUUCGGCUUUGUGGAUUCGCACCACGUUGUACGGCGGUGAGGUGGGCAUCGCCUUCAUCAUUGUGAGAAUCCUCCGGGCCUCUCCAGGCGCUUGGGCCAAUUUGAAGAGCAAGGUAACGAAGGCAUCCUGUGGCAAAGGCAAGUCACAGAGGUCUUCCAGGUCCAAGACCUCUAAAACCGUUGCCCAAUCGACCUCAGCAAGCAGCAUAGAGAGGUCUACGCGGAUUCCGAUCCCGGGGCGGUAGGAGUCGGACAUCCACGCGGGGCGUUCGCCCGUUUCUUUUUUCGCUGGUGGUUUUGUUCGGUUCUGCUUGUCGUCUUCGUUGCUGCCUGUUGGCUGCCGCUCUCUUGCCUGGCUUCGUCCUCGCGCUCUGCUGCGUCCCCUGGGUCGGUCUUCGUCGUCCUUCUUGCCGUCUCUGCCCUUCGUGUCCUUUCCCUUCUGGUCCUUGCCUCUGCCUUUCGCUCCUUUUUUUCCGUCUUUCUCCGCCUGCCAGAUGCUUUCCGGCACCGCUGUGUCUUCCUUUUUGUUUCGGAGGUUGACCUCCUCGCCGUCCCUGUUCCGGUAGCCGUUGUCUGUCAGUUGCGGCGUGUAGAUGAGGGCGUUGUCCUCUUUCUCUUUGUUGAGCCACUGCUUUAGCUUCGUCACCUCUUCGCUGCUGCCGUUUCUCAGAAUGGCUUGCCAGCCGAUCCGGAAACAUUUUGGGUGGAAGUUGAAUCCAUCCCCGGCCUUCGUGUUCCACAGUAGGUCUGUGAUCGAGUUCUGAACUUUCGACCGCCUGUCCUCGUUCCUGAACGUGUCCUGGAACGCUGUGCGCCCCGCUUCUCGGGCCGCGUCCUUUCCUCCUCCGCCCAUGGCGUCGGCCGUUGCUGUCUUCUUCGCUUCUGUCUUCGUCGUGCGUCCUGUAUUUUGAAACAAUUGGAAGUAUGGCGGUAUAAUUUCCAGCAGUUCCCCCCCUUCUCGUCUGUACUUUAUCGACGGCUGGGGGCCGUGCGUUCGGUGGAUCUUUCCCCAGAGUGUCAGCGAGAACCUGGGGCCGCCUGCUCUGACUGCGUGCCGCGUCCUCCGGUUCUCUUCCCUGGUGAACCAGCGGAGCAAGGCGGGGGCGGUUGUCUCCUGGCGUCCUGGUCCCUUUUCGUCGUCUUCCCAGCGGAAUUCCGUGGCUCCCACCGAGAGAACCACCGCUACGUCUGCCUCUCCGAAUUCGUCCCGAUGGUAUCCUAUUGCCUCCCCUUGCUUCCUGAAGACAUUCAGGAUAGCACCGCACUCCCCUGCGAGAUUGGCGGUUUUGUAGAUCCAGGAGGCCAGUUUGUGGAUUGCCCUCGGCGAGCUCGUUUCCGCCAAUUCGAACGACAGCCGGCGCAGUUUGCGGACUGCUCCUGUUUGGGCGUUCCGCUUGUGCACUGCGCGGACGUCUUUGUAGAAUGCCAGGACUUCCUCGAGUAUGUCCCAAGGGUCGCCCGCCACCUUCUGUAGCUCUUCACGAGUUACUUCAGCCACGCCGCGGGGCCCCCAGCUCCCUGCCCCUCCCGCGUCGAGGUCACGGAGGUAUCCUAUCCACCGUUCCGCCAUGCGGAGGGGAACUGCGGAUGUCAGUGAGAUAGAGUCCCAUUCUAGUCAUAUUUGUUAUUACCUCGCGCGGACAGCUUACUACUGUCCGCGAUGUCUGAUCUACCCUACACUCUACUCUCCUCUACGUUACACACUCUACCCUUAUGCUACAAAUUUGCACUCCUAGGCCACGCACAUCUAUCCCAACAAGAGAGAGACAAUAGAGACAAGGCAAUACCUCACGUCUCGCUUCUUAGUUUCGCCUUUGCUCGGUCGUUUCUUGGCCUCCUUUGCUUCUUUUGGUGGGGCAUAGAUCCACGCCGCGUCCCGUCGUUGUCUCGUUCCUGUUCGAGGGUGGUGUGACGAUGUGUUUAGAUGCAGCGUCUAAGUGGUGACCUGCUCAAAUAGGUCAUCUAAACACAAGGGCAAGCGCAGCAACACAUGUACCCAGUAGACGCCUGCCCGUCUGUACAUGUGUCCAGUAGACACCCAGGCGUCUGUGUUUAUAUACAGCCGCUACUCAGAUGCCUGACUUUUUACUACAUCUAAACACGAGAGCAUCCCUACGUGCACUCGUGUACUUUUUAUUAUAUCUAGAAACGCGGCGACUUUGCAUACUUAUCACAAAAGGGCACCUACCUACUUCUUGUUCUCUCCUUGCCUGGCCUCGCUGACCCAAGAUAGGGCGCUGUAG